ACCAAGUCAAACCCGUCACAACGAAUACUAUGGUCGGGUGUACUUCUCCUAGUAGCAGUGAUUUUCACCCUUUUCACAUACCAGGUGUUAAGAGAUUACUUCGGAUUUCAAACGACAACGAAGCUAAUCGUAAAACAGGUGGGCACUAUGGUGGGACAGAAUUCGACAAUGCUACUACCUAGCCUUCAUGUUUGUCCAAAAAAUCCCGAUCAUUUGAACUAUGAUGUCCUUUUCUCAGAUAUAGAUCAACGACUUGAAAAUUUGACUAGGGAAAUGAAACAACAUAUGGUGCUCUAUUUCAUCGCUGGCAACGGAUUCAUGAAUACUGAAAUUUACAAAUGGGAUAUCGAUUAUCGCAACUCUGUUGGCCGAUUGGUUGAUCUAUGGAUGGGUCCGAGAACAAUGAUGGAAAUGUUCAGAUUCGUAUUUGAUGAGAAUGGAAUCCAAUGUGAAGAUGUAAGUUGGAAGAGCUUUUGGAGCUUUGAGCGAGUUUCGCACGAUUACGAUUACGAUUUACGAUUGUAG